UUACUUCCUUUCUUCUCCGCGGGCUCGCGCUCGGUUGGCGGCGGGAUCCGCUGGCUCCGGGGCCUCCUGCGCCAGGCCGAACGCUGCGCCCCAGCCCCGGCGGCAGCAUGGGCGGCGCCCGGGACGUGGGCUGGGUGGCGGCGGGCUUGGUCCUCGGGGCCGGCGCCUGCUACUGCAUUUACAAGCUGACGCGGGGGCAGCGGCAAGGCGGCCGCGGGUUUCGGCUGCGCGCCUCGCGCUCCGCAGAAGACUUAACCAAUGGUUCCCAUGAUGAUGUCCUCAGCGGCGACCAGCUCCAGAAACUCCUUUACCUGCUUGAGUCAACUGAUGAUCCUGUAAUUAUUGAAAGAGCUUUGGUCACUCUGGGUAACAAUGCAGCCUUUUCAGCUAACCAAGUCAUUAUUCGUGAAUUGGGUGGUAUUCCAGUCAUUGGAAGCAAAAUCAACAAUCCCAACCACAGUAUUAAAGAGAAAGCUUUAAAUGCAUUGAAUAACCUGAGUGUGAAUGUUGAAAAUCAAGUCAAGAUAAAGGUAUACAUCAAUCAAGUCUGCAAGGAUGUCCUCUCCAGGCCCCUGGACUCUGCUGUGCAGCUGGCCGGACUGAGAUUGUUGACAAACAUGACGGUCACCAAUGACCACCAGCACAUGCUUCGCAGUUACAUCACAGACCUGUUCCAUGUGCUGCUUACAGGAAAUGGAAGUACCAAGGUUCAAGUUUUGAAACUGCUUGUGAACUUGUCUGAAAAUCCAGCCAUGGCAGACGGACUACUUAGUGCCCAGGUGGACUCCUCAUUCCUUUCCCUCUAUGACGGCCACGUGGCAAAGGAGAUUCUUCUUCGAGUUCUUACAUUCUCCCAGAAUAUAAGUAACUGCCUCAAAAAAGAAGGCUGCUUAGCUGUUCAGCCUGCUUUCCCUAAAGGUUCCUUAUUUUUCCUGCUAUAUGGAGAAGAAUGUGCCCAGAAAAUGAGAGCUUUAGCUGAACACCAUGAUAUAGACGUGAAGGAAAAGGUAACGGUCCUACCCAGGUUCUGAUGGCGGCAAUUUUCAUCUUCCAGCUGCCGAGUCUAAACAGUAGAUCUCACAUUUCAUCAUUAACACAGCGGGACCCUGCCAUGGUCUUCCGGUUUAUUUUGAACCAUUUUAUUGAUAUCAAAUGAAUAGAAGAGCUUGUUCUGACAUCAUUUCUUUUCAUUUUGCCGUUUGCUGAGUUUACUUCGGUUACCUCCUUGAUGUGACUGGCCAGUUGCCUUAUUUACGAGUAAGCUAACCUCCUGCCCGUCUGAGACCGCAUUCGUGUGUGACUGGCUGGCUGGUUCAGGGCUGCUGCAGGAACGACCUUGGUCUUGCGCUUGUGAGGAGCUGCCCAGACAUACUGCUUUCCCGAGUCUAAUCUGAGUCAGACUGGCUUCUCGGCCUCACCACGCCCAUUGGGUAUGGUGGGCUGGGGCCAGUCUGAUUGUCCAUCUGUAGGCAACUGGUGAAAUCAGUUAUCUUAAAAGAAACAAGGAAGCCUGACUGUCCUUAUGUGGAAAGGCCUCCAGAAAAUGUGGAUGUGUUUUUUAAAUGAAAACUAUGCUUCUAUCCGGAGAAUAGUUUCUAGAACAAUAGCCAGAUUCCAGGGAGUGGGACUGAGGAAAAGGACUUUUUUAUGUAUACCUUCUUCCUACUGUUUGAAUUUUUUUAACCAUCAGCAUAAAUUUUGUAAAUUUUUUAAAUAAAAAGGAAAAAGGUUUCUACACAUUUUCUCUUAAUAGUACUUUAUUCAUUAAUUUUCGUAUUUUACAUAGCUGAGAUUUUCAUACAUUAUAAAUUUUAGUCAUUGUCACAAUAGCUUAUGGAAUAAAAAUACUAUUAACAGACUUCGGUUCAGCCAGGUCUUCUGUAAUAUUCCAGUUCUUCCCCAUCACCAUGCCCAGUACGAGGCAAGUCAGUGUGCAGGCCGCAGCUUUCCUGCUCCGGGUAUUUAAGGCAAAGCUGUGCGAGUACGUUAGAUCUCAUUUGUACAUACAGGGAUUUCCAUAGGAAGUCACAAAUCCUCAAACAGAAAAGUGUGUUUUCAGGGCUAGCCUGACACAAAAAUCAAACUUGCAAGAAGUAUUUUUACAGUAGAGAGGUGAAACCACGGACGUUCCCAGCUGGCUACAGCAGUUGGGGAUAGAUGCUGGCUGAGAACACUGCUUAGGCUUGCAGUGCUGACAAAAGUCCUCGUUCCCUGAAAGGCACAUUUCUUUAUAAUGAAUUUUUUAAUCUGCCUCAUUUAAUGAAAAUACGUAGUCAAAUGGGCACUGGAUUAGAAAAUAAACUGGGCUCUGAUGUGCUUCAGCAGCACUGGAUUCUAAAACCCCAUCUCCUGUUUUCUGUUUUUAGUUUGAGUAGCUAAUACUAUUUCCUGGAGAUCAGAGCAUUGAGUCUGAAAUGUCAGAAUGCUAGAGAAAAAAGGGGAGUCCUUUUUAACUACCCUGAUCUUGGUCUGUUGGGGUCAGGGCACAUCUUAGUUUCUGUUGGCUGGGAUGGCCCACAGUGUGGGAUCCCUGCUGUGAGCAAGGAGGAGCCUCUUUACCACGGGGGCUCGUCUGUAAAACCUGUCGGGGUCCAGGGGGUGCCAGCUAAUCAAAAGAGCAAAAUGAAAGUGAUCAGAGACGACAGAGUGAGAGGCAUCACGCCACACCUCAAACUGAAUGGAGGCAAGAAAGUGGAUUUGGCUUAUUUUUCAAAAUUUCGUUUUGCUUUUGUAUUUAAACCUUGCAAAAAGGUAGCUAAGUGAAAACAUGGAAGCCAUGUGAAACAAAUGUGAUUCUACGAGAAAAGAUGAAGCUCCCACGUACUUCUUCGUGAAAUAAAAGGUCAGCAUAGAAAAAAGGUGAAGGGUAAUAGAAACUAAAGCUUGCAAUCGGACCUAGGAAAACGCGGCAGGCCCGUUAAGCGGAACUGGAACAAAGUGCUUGGAAACCUGCACUUCCAUGGUACACGUGAAUGCAGGAAUCAUGUUAAGGCCAUUCAUGGAGAAGACAAAGUAAGACGAACUUGGUCUGCUUCACAGAGCAGAGGUAAGAGGUGAAUUCUCAACGUGGCGUGCAACAGCAGGGAAGGCGACCACAAAGGUGAGCAUGAGGACACCAGCCCCCCUCCCCCGCGACCUCAUCCCCAUCAACCUACCAGCUCCCUUCCUGUCUGCUUGCUAGGAUGCUCCUUUGGAGUGAAAAGGUUUAGGGAGGGCUGUUCUGUUUUUCUCCUGAAGGCUAUAUUACAGGGAAAUUGUGCUUUUACUGCCCCAAAUCACACACAUUCACAUACAUUAUACAUACACAUUUCCCCUGGACUGAUUUGCAUCUCUGUAAGAUAAAAAUGCUAAAUUCUGAUAAAGAUCAUUGACAUUUACUUUGGCUAUCACUCUUUAAAUUUACAAAGGAGACAAAGUUGUCCUUAGGGUUUCAUGUCCUAAAUAUAUAUAUGCUUGAAUCUGCAGCAACAAGACACUAUCAAAAGCAGCAUGAGCCUAUUUUCAGCUUUCAGAGCUACCAAUCUAUAUUAGGCAGUGAUGUCUUAAGAAAAAAUGUUCUCUCUUAUAUUUUCAAAGUGCUUAAAAAAAAAAAAAACACUACUUAUUCACAUUUUUUGGAGGUAGGUCAAAUGUCUUCUUGUUCCACGUGAGGAAACUGAGGCAUAGUGAGCACAGGUGACUUACUGCAGGAUACACAGAAAAUCUGUGGUGGAAACGGGAUUAAAACUGAGAUUAAGUGGCUAACAGGUGGUGUGCAUAUAUAUAUAUAUGUGAAAAUAAAUAGAUUACCGCCUGGGUAGCAUUUGCUGUAGAAAACCUGUUUUGAUUAUUUUGUGUAAAUAAUGUUUGCUUCAUGGAGACUGGGGAGCCAGGAGCACAGGAUGGGCCUCUCAUGUCUCUGAUCAGCUCUGGUUGUAGGUAGAGCAGUCAAGGGCCACAGAGCCCCUACAGGACUAAACUCUGGUCAGCUAAGUCCCCAAAACCAUUUCUUUCUUAACUGCUAGUGUUCCACACUAGCUUAGUCAAAGUAGAAUCGGGCUUAGAGGUCACUCAAUAUAAAAAUAUAAGCCAUGUGAAUCCUGUAAAACAGACUACAUAGACCCGAUUGAUACAUUCAUAGUUGGAAUAGAGGAGGUGGGAAAAUGAGUAGAUGGAGAGGAAAUGGAAUAGAGAAUUAACAUUUGAAGAACAGCAUUUGUCUCUGUAAAAUAUUAUUUCCUGGCAGUUAUCUUUGUGCUUAGCAGGUCUGACUUUUAGAUUAAAAAUAGAAAAUGUCACCAAUCAUGUCCCCCUAAGCAACCCCCUUCCCUGUCCCUUGCCAGCUUUGCUUCUGAUUUGGGGAUUGUAGAUGUAAAAGAGAAAAUACUCUUCCUCUUUUAAAAAAAGUAAGUCUUUAAAAAUGGGAACUUCGCCCAACCUCUUAUAUUUCUAUGCUUA